CAAUAGUGACUGGGGAUCCCGGCAAGUAACAUGACUAAAAAGAAGCGGGAGAACCUGGGCGUCGCUCUGGAGCCUUGCUGUCUUUGUUGCCUUCAGCCUGCCGGCAGAGUGAAAGCUAAGGACUGCAGAUUUGCAGGGGACUCUGCAAAGAGCAUAAUCCAGAUCGAUGGGCUGGAGGAGAAGCUGUUGCAAUGUCGGAGGGACCUAGAGGCUGUGAACUCCAGGCUCUAUGGGGCGGAGCUGAGCCCAGAGGCCAGGAAGUCUCUGGAGAAGGAGAAAAACAGCCUGAUGAACAAAGCCUCCAACUAUGAGAAGGAGCUCAAGCUGCUUCGGCAGGAGAACCGGAAGAACAUGCUGCUCUCCGUGGCCAUCUUCAUCCUCCUGAGCCUCAUCUACGCCUACUGGCCUAUGUGAGCCUGCGAUUUCUCCAGUCAACAGCCCGCUCACAGCCAAGCAGGCCCUUCAGGCCUCAAGAGGACCAAGCACAGCUUCCUCCCCUUCACCUUCAGCCCAAGCUGUUUUAUCCAAGCCAGUCCCAGACCAAACACCGAGGACAACCAGCAGCAGCCCCAGCACAGAGCCACACAGGCAUUAAAAAUAUGUUUAUCUUUAAUGAUCCAA